AAAAAGAUAUUGGGUGAAAUUGAUAUUCAACAACUGAUUUCCACUCGUGAUUUUCUUCAUGAAGCCCUUCACGAAGCCGAAAGCAAGUUAGAAAUUGCGGGUACUAUUCAAGCCUUCGAA